AUGAAUCUCCUUCACACUGACACUUGGCAAAACAACGCUGCAUCUUUCUGGCUUCUGAAAUUGGGUUUUAUUUGGCUCCUUAGUCAGAACUGCUGCACGGCAAGUUCAAUUUGGACUGCUUACAUGAACAUAUCAUUUCAUGUGGGGAACCGAAUGUUGUCAGAGCUGGGGGAGACUGGGGUCUUCGGGAGAAGCUCCAACUUGAAGAAAGUAGCAGGAGUAGUUGUGCCACCAGAGGGAAAAACUCAAAAUGCUUGUGAUCCCAAUACCAGUUUCAUCCGGCCACCGAACAAGGAGCCGUGGAUUGCACUCAUUGAACGAGGAGGUUGCACUUUCACACAGAAAAUUAAGGUGGCAUCUGAAAAUGGAGCCAAAGGAGUGAUAAUCUAUAACUUUCCAGGUACUGGCAACCAGGUUUUCCCCAUGUCUCACCAGACGUUCGAUGACACUGUUGUAGUUAUGAUUGGCAACUUAAAAGCAUAUUUCACCUUUUAUCAUAUUCGGAGACUUUGGGUUGCAAGGAUUGAGAACAGGAGAUGGAAGCGAAUAACAAGAGACCUCAAGAAAGCUUUUGGUCAGCUGCAAGUCCGAGUAUUAAAAGAGGGCGACGAGGAAGUGAGUCCAAAUGCGGACAGCUGUGUCAUCUGCUUUGAGCCCUACAAGCCUAAUGAUUCAGUUCGUAUUCUCACUUGUAAACACUUUUUCCACAAGAACUGCAUCGACCCCUGGAUUCUCACCCACGGCACAUGCCCUAUGUGCAAAUGUGACAUUCUGAAAGCUCUGGGGAUUCAAGUGGACAUUGAGGUUGGAACAGAUUCCCUGCAAGUUCUGAUGGCCAAUGAACUAUCUGGAACCUUUUCACCUAUGGAAGAAGAUACAAGUGAUGAACUUCCUACUGCAAGAACUUCAGGAAAAGUGACCCAUGUGCAGGAGCACCCUACUUCUGCAAACACUGGCAGCCAGCCUCCUGAAGCCGAGGAAACUGGCCAUACGUCACUUGGACAGCAUGACCAUUGA